GCUGAUCAACCGUCCUUCACAUACUAACAUACUGUCAUUUGAAUCUUAUACUAAACAUUAGCGGUAUAUUGAAAUCCUCCUGGGCUCUAUUGUCCUGGAUCUUAGGUCAUUGUAUUGCCCUUUUGGUGCAGUUUUACCUGUCAGCGUUGUUCGACUCCGCGACCUGUAUAUACCGCAAACCACAGCAAAAGUCACCUAUUUGAGGAUUGCGCCUGAGGCAAUAUCAUUUCAAGCAAUCUAGGAGGCCUCAUGUCCGGUAGGCCGAUAAACAUGAGCUAGACUUGGAGAUCGAGACUUCACUUAGCAUGAUCUAAGCAUGGCAGAAGGCGAAGCGCGGGCGUCGGAGGACGCCAUGGAGCUCGACUCUCCGAACGACAGGUCUUCUAGGACCGCCGAAGCCGCCCCUCAACCUCGAAAGGACUCGAUAUCAAUCCAGAACCAUAACCCAGCCAAGCCUCCCUUCCCUCCUCACAACGCUCCGAGAGUCUGGUUUAUGACCGCCCUUACCGCCCCCAUAGCGAUCGGCCUCGCACGGCUAGUUCUGGCGCAUGGAGACUACGUGGUCGGGGGCGUGAUCCCGUCCGAAUUCGCCGGCGAGCGAGGCGAAGAGCUGCGCGCGUUCCUUGACGAGGUACGGGUCCAGGGCGUGGGCGGAGGGCGGAAACGAUCCGGGUCGGGUGUAGGCAGCCCGGAGUCGAGUGAAAAGGAAGGGGGCGGCAGCACGGAGAGCUCGGGCGACGGGAAAAAAACUGGCGCGAAGAGGUGGCAGGAUCGGGUGCGCGUGGUCGCAAUGGAUGGACGGAUCAUCGGGCAAUGCCAGGCGGCGGUGGCGGAGGCGGUCGAAGCGUUCGGGGGGGUGGAUAUACUUCUGGGAUGCACGAGCGAGUGCGUGAUCGGGUCAGUGGAGGAGUUGGCGCAGUCGAACCGGACGCAGUCGCUCAUGCGCGAGCAGUUUGAGACGAACUUCUUCUCCAACGUGAACGUUAUCAAGGCCGCGCUGCCGAGCAUGAGACGGAAAAGUAACGGCCAUAUUAUUAUGUUGACGGGAAUAACUGGCCAUUUAGGGACUCCUGGGCUUGGAGCAUACUGUGCUUCACAAUGGGCCAUCGAGGGUUAUUGCGAUAGUUUGGCAUAUGAGAUCGCCCCGUUCAAUAUCAAGAUGACGAUCGUGCAGCCCAACCUCGAGAUCAACGUCUUAUCCAACAAGAUCACCUCCGCACCCCCGCUGAGUUCCUAUUCACCCGACACCAACCCGGCGCCUCUGUGUCGCGACAUUAUCGGCGGUCUCCUCGACAAGCUGUGCGAUAGCGUCGGGUACCAUCCCCACUCCCAUGAGCCGAAGGGGACGUCGCAAUUGCAAACCGAGGAGCAGAGUUCGGCAGAGCACGACGCACAAAAUUUAGAUAACCUGAACGAACCCACCACCGGCAAUGUUCCCGACGGCGCCGAUCAUGACGCUGAAGACGACAACAUGGACGACGCGUCCGAGGACGACCAGGCCGCCCACCUGUCAUCCUUCCUGUCCUCUCCGCACACGGAGUCGAUUUUCCCCCCGUUGCCCACCACCCUCCGACAAGCGCUCAUCGCGGAGACGUGCUUCGCCAUCGCGGCGAUUGGAGGCCAUGACAACCCGCCAGCACGGCACAUUGUGGGGUUCGAAGGCAUUGCGGCGGUGCGGGAGAAGUUGAAGACGGUGAGUGAGGAGCUGGAGGACUUUAUAGACGUUAGUUGUGCAGCGGAUUUGACUGCUGGUGGAGAUACCGAAACAUAUUAGUGAGAAUGGUGUAACAGUUAAUAUUCGCUGCAGAGGGUGUGGCGAAACGGCCAGGAUGCGCAAGCCAUACAAUAAGCUACCAUUUUUGAGCGUUUCGUCACGCUAACGUUGAAUGCGUUGAGAAGCUAUCUGCUCCCUGGAGUGAA